AUGGAGCUAUUGAGGAUUUGUGUAGCUGUGGCCGUGCUCCUGGAGGCCGUCUCUGCUGCCUCGUUGGGGGUGGUCUACACGGAGGGCGGCCUGGUGGAGGGAGAGAACAUCCGCUUAGGCCUCCGCAGACACAUGGACGUGUUCAGAGGAGUUCCCUUUGCUGACAUCCCAGGACGCUUCGAGAAACCCAAACGUCACCCGGGCUGGGACGGUGUGUUGAAAGCCAAAGAUUUCCGAAAGCGUUGUCUUCAGACGAAUGUGUUCAUGACCGACACCAGAGGGUCUGAGGACUGUCUGUACCUCAACAUCUGGGUCCCUCACGGCCGAGACGUCUCCACGAACCUGCCCGUGAUGGUGUGGAUCUACGGAGGGGGCUUCCUGGCGGGGGGGUCGAUGGGGGCAAACUUUUUGGACAAUUAUCUGUACGACGGUCAGGAGAUCGCCGACAGAGGGAACGUGAUUGUGGUGACGCUGGGAUACCGAGUGGGAACGCUGGGAUUCCUGAGCACCGGAGAGUCGGAUCUGCCUGGCAACUAUGGUCUGUGGGACCAGCAGGCCGCCAUCGCCUGGGUGCACCGGAACAUCCGCUCGUUCGGAGGAGACCCCAGCAACAUCACCCUGUUCGGAGAGUCUGCAGGGGGCGCCAGUGUCAACUUCCAGACCAUGACGCCUCACAACAAAGGGCUGAUCCGCAGAGCCAUCUCUCAGAGCGGAGUGUCCCUCUGUCCCUGGGCCGUCGCCAAGAACCCACGAAAAACUGCAGAGGAGGUGAGUGAGGCAUCCUGA